AUGAUUUAGGAUUAUUUUUGUUCCCGGUCGCUGCUUUGUUGUGAUGCAGUGACUUUCCAUUGUUGUUUCCGCAUUGUUUUGUGAAGUGGUGUUGACGCCAAACUUUUUAAUCUUCAUAUGUCACAAAAAGCUUUUCACUUCAACUGAAAGUCUGAAACCAUGGAUUUCAGGAGUUUUUCUAUAGACUCAAUACAAGUGUUUCAAGUAGGGUGUUUAAUUCUUCGUGAAUCUUGAAGUUAUUGAUAUUAUGCAGUUCGGGUGUGGCUGAACCUUUUCAGUUUUACCUCCAUUUUUUGCAUGGUUCUAUGCUCUGCAACAUAUGAAAAGACGUUAACAUGCUAGUUUGCCCUAAAAAGGAAGGACCACAACUAAACACUGGCCAAGGAAUCCUUGGCCGCAUACCUUAAUUGCUCAUCACAUCCUCUUGUCUCUAUCUUUAAACCUGCAAAUGCAAAUAGCUGUAGAAGGGCUUCCGGUGUGACAUUCCUGAUCUGCUCGACCGUGUUCAAUGUUUCUUGCCAUUCACUGUUCAUGAAUGUCCACAAAUAGCAAACGAGGCCACGUCGUUCACAGCCGUAAGCCACCAAUUCCCAACUUACAUACAUACAUAUUUGUAUGCACCCAAUUAUAUAUGAGUUUACAUGUAUGGUAUAUCACGGGGUUUUUUUAUUAUGCGUAUACAUUUGAUGAUCUGUCUUAGUGCGAAACCAUUAAAUUCAGACAUGGCAUUGACAUCCCCUACAUAUAGAGUUUUCCACUUUUUUUUUUUGCAAUAAAAUAGAAUCAACUCAAUGUAUAUCCUUAAAUGUCAUUAAUUAUAACUACUUUUUCCUUGUUCUGUUAUACCUAAGUUUAAUUGUCUUAGUGAUUGGAGAGUGUAAUGAGCUUGCCACAUUUGUCAUCGGCCAACCUGGAUAUGACAGUGAAGAGAUGCUUUAUUCAUUUGUUGUGGUUUUGAGUCAAGCUUGCAUCAUCAAAGAUGGAGGACCUUCGUAGUUUCUUCAAGGUCUUCAUGCCAUCUUACAGCUCAGAAAGUUUGCGCAUUCCCUUGGCUUUUGUUGGACAUGUCAAAAGAAGAAUACCUGACAAAGUAUUCUUGAGGAAUCAUCAUGGAAAACUUUGGCCCAUAAAGGUAACCAAAGUUGGAAAUCACCUCAAUUUUAGUGAUGGCUGGGUGAAAUUUGCUGAAGAUAGCUCUUUGGAGUUUGGAGAUUUCUUAGUAUUCGAUUAUGAUGGCACUGAUGUAUUUCAUUUCAAAAUAUUUGGAAGAACUGGAUGUGAGAAGGAAGUGAUAGGAUCUUCUCACCUAACUGUUAAUAAUGAGGAGGAGGAGGAGGUUGAGGAGGAGGAGGAUGACCUGGAGGUUGAGGAUGAGGAGGAGGAGGGGGAGUACUUGGAGGUUGAGGAGGCAGAGGAUGACUUGGAGGUUGAGGAAUGCAGAGAGGAAAAUGAGUGUGCCGUGGAGGAGCAGGAACUUGAAGCAACCACUUUGAGAAGUUUACUUGAUUUAGAUGGCAAUAAACGAAAAGCUGCCAUCAAAGUUGAGGAUGAUGACGAUAUAUUCAAAUAUGGGAUUGUUGCCCGGCCCAAAAAUCCUUACUUUGUGGCGAAACUUCGAGAAAAGAGACGGAAUGAACUGUACGUUCCAGUCGAUGUUAUCAAAGACCACAGACUUAAACUUCCUGAAAACCUAAUCCUACUUGAUGAAGAAGGCAGGGAAUGGUCAUCAAAGGUUCACAUGUGGAAGGAUGGUCGGACAUGGCUAGGGUGGAGAGCAUUUUGCAAGUGGAACAAUCUCAAGAGGGAGGACCGGUGCCUUUGUGAAUUCGUGCAUGAAGAGGGAAGGCAGGAAAUUUACUUAAAGUUGAACAUUCUUCGAGAAGGAUCAUGGUUGCCGAAAGGAGAGAACCAAACAGACCUCGGUCAAAGUAGUUAAGAAAUAUGGAAGAGUUGGUGGUGUUUUUACUGCAAGUAUGACCGUUGCUGGUUCGUCCUGGAAUUUUUUGGGUAUUGUGUAUUGUUUUGGUUUGGGUUGGAGAUUUUAUAGGUGAAAAACAUUUUUGCUACUGACAGAGUAAUUGCAAGGCGUAUUAUUAUUUCUAGAGAAUAAGUUGCCAUUUGUAUUGGAUCAAGGUGUUUUUUUGGGUUAUUUGCCAUUGUCUAUUGCAGAGAAAUUUCCUUCCA